AUGACGCCCCACAAGGAGGUCUUCCACAUGAUGCCGCCGGCAGGGUUUUACCAGCACGUCCCCGACAGCGCCUCAUGGGAGUGGGGCCUCUGCUGGGGCCACGCCGUCAGCCGGGACCUGGUGCACUGGCGCCACCUGCCCGUUGCCCUCAAGCCUACGCCGGGCAGCCUCGACCAGGACGGCUGCUUCUCAGGCUCAGCCACGCAGGACGAGAACGGCGUGCCCGUCAUCCUCUACACAGGGGUGGUGCGGAAGCCGCAGGGCAGCUACGGCACCGACGUGAGCCCCCAGUACGAGUUCCAGCUCCUGGCACGCCCCGCAGAUCCAUCCGAUCCCAACCUCACCCACUGGAUCACCGAGCCCUUCACACCCUUCCUCCCCGCGCCUACCACCACCGCGCCCGCCGGCCCGCGCGCCGCGGUCCCCGCCGCGGCCAUCGCCGCGCGCGACCCCGCCGCGCUGGACGCGUCCGCGGGGCUGACCGGGUGGCGCGACCCGUUCGUGGUGGCGCGGCCGACCGCUAACAACCCCUUUUUCACCGUGAUGGUUGGGGCCGGCGAGAAGGGGCGCGCGGGGACGGCGCUGCUGUACAAGAGCCGCAGCAUCCAUGGCGGCUGGCAGUACGUGGGGGAGCUCUGCCGCGACCCCCACUGCCGCAUGCUCGAGUGCCCCCUGCUCUUCCCGCUCCCAACCUUGCCUGCCCACCUCUUGGGCGCGGCCGGGGACGGUGGGGCCGAGACCAACCACGCUGCCAACGGCAUCAAAAACUGCGUGGCGCACGACGCAGCACAAGUGACGCCCCAGCAGCACCUCCUCUGCUACUCCGCCGACUACUGCGCCAACGUGAGCGAGUACCACAUCGGCCCCUUCAGCACCUCCCAUGGCUUCUUUGACCUCGCCGCGUCGGGCCCCCCCUCCAAGAUGGACCUGGGGGAUGUCUUCUACGCCCCAAAUGUGCUGACAGACAGCAAGGGGCGGUCCGUGCUGUGGGCGUGGAUGCAGGAGCGUGAGCGCCCCGCGGGCGACCACUCCUACGCCUGCUGCCUCUCUGCGCCCCGCUGCCUCUGGCUCGCGCCAGCUGACAGCGGCGCUACGGCGCAGCCGCGGCUGUGGCAGGAGCCGCUGCCGGAGCUGUCUGCGCUGCGCAGCCGCCAGCCUGGCGGCUCCUGGUCCUGGCGCCGCGACAGCGAGACCAUCACGGCCGCCAACGGGCACAUCACCACCAAUGGCCACGCGACCACCAACAGCCACUUCACAACCAACGGCCACGUCACCGCCAACGGCCACGCCACCGCCAACGGCCACGCCACCGCCAACGGCCACGCCACCACCAACGGCCAUGUCACCGCCAACGGCCACGUCACCGCCAACGGCCACGCGUCCAAGAGUGGUGCGCUGCUUGUGGCCCCGGGGCUGGCCAAGGGUCACCUUGAUCUGGAGCUGGAAGUAGACAGGGCAGAGGGCGGCGGCGCCGGCGGCGCGUUUGCCCUGGUACUGCACCCCCUGGCGGGCGGGGAGGGCGCGGCCGUGGUGUUCAGCUGGGAGACGGGCGUGCUGCAGUAUGCGGACGACGGCGAGGCCGGCGCGGUGGCGCACUCCGCCGCCGCCGCUCCCAGCGACGCGGCCCUGCGCCCCUCUGAUGCGGCCACCGCCGCCGAGGUUGCUGACGCCGCUGCUGUUGCAGUGGCGGCAGCGGCGCCAACGCUGCCGCGCCGCUGCGGCGGCGCGCUGGCGUGGCUGCCGGCCGGCGCGCAGCGGCUGGGUCUGCGCGUGCUGGUGGACCACAGCCUGAUAGAGGUGUUCACGUCAACAGGAGAGGUCCUGUCCACGCGCGCCUACCGCGGCGCCGGCGCCGGCGGCGCCGUUGAGCUGCUGCCGCUCGGCGGCUGCACGCCGGCGCGCGUGAACGCCUGGGAGGUGGAGAGCAUGUGGCUGCCCGCUGGCGGCGCGCCCGCGACCGCCACCAACGCGCGCUCCGCGGCCAACGCGGCCGCCGCGGCGCCUGUAGCGGCGCCCUUGACGGUUGCGGCGCUUGGGGCCGUGGCGGGCGGUGUGGAGGGCGUCGGUGGCGCGUUUGACGGCUGCGGGGCGCUGAGGGAGGUGCUGGAGAGGUUUGCCCAGGAGCAGGAGGUGGGGCAUCUGCAGCAGGAAGAGGCUGGUGCGGCGACGGCUGGCCGCGGCGCGCCGCUGGACGGCCCUACCAUGGGCUUUGGCGGCGCGGCCGUGCCGCCGCUGCUGCCGCCUGGCGCGUGCCGUUCGAUGCCGGCCAGCCCCGGCGGUGCGCGCGGUGCGAUGCUGCCCUCCUGGGGCGGUGCUGGCGCCGGCGCGUUCCUCACUCCCCCUACCACGCCCCACUUUGGCGCCCGCGGUGGCACCGGCCCCGCUCGCCGCCCGCCCCCGCUCCGCACCCCUCCCAUCCCGCCGGUCCGCGUCGGCGGCUGGGGUGCGGGGUCGCCGGGCCUUGUGCUCUGCGCGGGCGCGGCCCGGUUUUGUGCAUGCGAGGGCUCUUGCGGCCACGACGCGUGGGCUGAGGAGGAGCUGUACCACCACUACCAGUAUGCCGGCAUGGCCAGCCCCGGCCUCAUGAGCCCGCGCGCAACCAGGGCAGAGGUCGCCUGA